AUUCACUCACACACCGCCAGUCAGUCACACGCACGGUGUCGCACACGCAGACUGCCACAGCGCCGGGGAGGACGCAGGCAUAGGCGGUCGCUGCAGUUCUCGGGACCGGAGUGGAGCUGAGCUCACGCAGCCACAUUGUGCGGCCACUGGACAAUGCGGAGCAGCGGUCACCAUGCGCCAGCUUUCCGCUGCUGCCGCGGGCACAGAGGACCCCGACUGCCUUCUCUCGCGUUCCUGUGAUGCUGCUCAUUGUUGCCUGGCGUGGAUGCCGCUGAUGCUGUAGCGGAGGAGGGGACACUUGUUCUUCUUUUGUCGCGAGCAGCCAGAAGGACAGGGUGUUUUUUUUAUCCUCCUCUUCUUCUCUCUCCGUCCGUUUCCUCUUUUUUUAUUUAUUUUUUCUUCAUUUGCCAGUGGAGCUGCCCAGCACAGUGGCCCCGUUAACCGGCCUUCAUCCUUAGCGCAGUGCGUCUUUUGAAAUCGGCGCAUCCCGGCCGCGCUUUGCCGUUGCAUUGUGCCAAGGAGACUAGGCGAGAUUGAGCGCGCGUGCCCGUGGACCGGGGCGCGCGCCCUCAGAGGAGAGCGCGCGCGUGCCCGCGCUCUGCUCACCUAGCGGUCUCGCUCUCUUUUCUUUUUCGUGGCCAUGUGGGGAGCGCCGCUUUGCUGAGGGUCCCUGCUGUCUUUGCUGCCGAUUGCUUACCUGAGGCGCUCAUUUUAAUCCCCUUAAUUCCGCAGACGGAGUUGAGCCCCGUGCCCUCCUCCUCCUCCUGCUUUUCCUCCGUCUCUCCACCUCCUCCUAGCAAACAGCUUCUUAAUCUGCGUCUUUCUCCGCUCAGCCUCAGACGCUGACAGGGAAGGCCGGAGAGGGCAGCCCAGGAUCUCCAGUAUCACCUUUGGUUCAGAUCCCCAUUUCUUCCUCGCUGUAUGAACCGGGCAGUGCAGGCCAGCGCUAUCUUGGCGCUUCUCUCUCCUCCUCCUCGUCCUCCUCCUCCUGUACGUCUUGGGCUCCCACUCUAAGCUGCUCCCGACCCCCUGGCGCUAAGAUGCUGGUUAUCCUAGCGGCCGGCUCGCUCUUUUUCCCAGGACUCUUCCUGCUGUCCAAGAACUGCCUGAAGCGACUGCCAGCCCCGCAGUGGGACGAGUCGGAUGCCGUCUUCAUCUCUGCCAGGCUGGUUUCAUGCAUUCAGGCCAUCUUGGCUUCCACAGCAGGCUACAUCAUUGCCACCUCCUGCCAGGACAUCAUCGAGGACCAGCACUGGCUCACCAGCUCGUACAUCCUUUUUGCAGUGCCCUAUUUCGUGUACGACAUCUACGCCAUGUUCCUGUGCUACUGGUACAAGUACCGGGUGAAAGGCCAUGGGGCAGGCUCGGAGAGUUUAGGUGCAGCUCUUUUCAGCUACCUCCGCAAAGAAUUCCUCAUGGUGCUGCACCAUGUUGUCAUGGUGACCGUCUGCUUCCCCAUUUCAGUGUUCUGGCGACAGGGGAAAGGAGAUUUUUUCCAGGGCUGCAUGUUUCUGGCUGAGCUCAGCACGCCGUCAGUCUGCCUGGGCAAGGUAUUAAUACAGUACAAGAAGCAGCACACCCUCCUGCACAAGGUGAACGGCGCCCUGAUGCUCAUGACCUUCUUCGUGUGCCGCAUCCUGCUCUUCCCUUACAUGUACUGGGUGUACGGUCGCUACGUGGGGCUACCGAUGUACAGAGUGCCUCUGGCCAUCCCGGCCCAUUUCAACCUGGGGGCCGCCCUGCUCAUGGCCCCCCAGGUCUACUGGUUCUUUCUGAUCUGCCGUGGUGCCUUCCGGCUCUUCAAGCGGAGCUUCCGGCAGCGAGGGACGAAAUGUGAAGAGGACGUAAGGAACGGACACGCAUCCGAGGAAGGCUACCCACUGGAGCAGGGACUGGACAACUGAGGCCGUUUCCGGGAGCCGACUUUGAAAUUGCCCACUUCCCCCUCUACCCCUAGAAACAGGGGCAUUAAUAAUGAGGGGAGUGAAACCUCUUCUUGGAUUACUAGCGUUCUUCACGGUAUUGGAUGACAAAGCUGCUCCAGUCUGGCCAUUCCCAAAAUUGGCUCCUUCUUCUUCUUCACGCCUCCUCGCUCCUGUGUUUCUUUCUCUCCUUCCCAGUGUGACCCCCCCAAAAACACCAAUAAACCAACCUGCUUGAGGGCAACUGGGAAUCAUCCAGCUCUUAAAUACUGAGACCUAACCGGGACACACUGGGAGUUCCUUUGGAAGCAGAAGAUUCCCCCGAGAUAAAACCCAAACAAUUUGUGUUCUUUUUCUUUUCCUUUUCUUAGCACAGACAGGUAUUUGUUAAUUUAUUGAAUUUGUCUUUGGGAGGGCAAACUGCAUCUCGGCGUGGUAAGGCGUUCUUAGCUGCUGCCGCCUGAAGCUUUUUCUCUGUUGAUUUGUCUUCUUCACUAUUUAUUUCUUGAUCCAUUCAUUCAUUCAGUUAUUUAUUUAUGUACUGUAUUUAUUUAUUAUUUAUUGAUUAUUUAUUUAUUUAUUUAUGAUAUUUACACCUGAACCACUUGGAGUGCUUGUUCGUUUGACCCGCAUUGAGGUGUUUGCUCUGUUUGCUAACUGA